ACUGCAGUCUAAAAGUUUCGAGUCCAGUUUGAAACAUAUCCAAUCUUUCCUAUCCUGUGUUUCUUCUAGAGUCAACCCCAUUCCCCACUUUUUGCUACAAUCCAAGUCGGGCUUGAACCUUGAAGCAUGGUGUUUCGGUCGUGGUUGGCUCGCCUUCGUUCUUCUUCCAAACCAUCCUUUUACGGUAGUUGCAGCCUUCGGAAUUCUAUCUUCAAGAAGCAGAGCAGGGCCCUGCUGCUGUCCACCCCUACCGAGGCUGCCAGCUCUGAUCAUCAAAGAAAUGUAUCAAGAAUCCUGUCAAGUUGGGCUUAUUCUCUACUUCCCAUGGCCUUGGCAGCCUCUGCUGGAGCUGUUUUUAUCCAAUCGCAGAACAAACCAUCUCUCUGCGAUGCCUCAAAUAUUGAUCAUAGGAUUGGGGAUAAGGACAGCACGGGUUAUGAGGUCAAAGGUUCGUACCGGAAAGUCCCACAAGAGCUUAUUGAUGAAUUGAAGGCUACCUGUCAGGAUAAUAUAACCAUGGAUUAUGAGGAGAGAUACUUUCAUGGGACGCCGCAGCAUAGUUUUCACAAAGCAGUAAAUGUCCCUGAUGUGGUAGUGUAUCCAAGGUCGUCAGAAGAAGUUUCUAAGAUAGUCAAAUCUUGUAACGAUCAUAAGGUUCCCAUUGUGCCCUAUGGUGGAGCAACAUCAAUUGAAGGUCACACCUUGUCUCCUAAUGGGGGUGUUUGCAUCGACAUGACUCAGAUGAAUCAUGUUAAAGCCUUAAAUAUUGAGGACAUGGACGUUGUUGUUGAACCUGGAAUUGGGUGGAUGGAACUCAAUGAGUACCUGGAGCCUUAUGGUCUAUUCUUUCCUCUUGAUCCUGGGCCUGGAGCUACCAUUGGUGGGAUGUGUGCUACUCGUUGCUCUGGAUCUUUAGCUGUGAGGUAUGGGACUAUGCGCGAUAAUGUCAUAAGCCUUAAGGUUGUUCUAGCUAAUGGGGAGAUCGUCAAGACAGCAUCUCGUGCCAGGAAAAGUGCUGCAGGGUACGAUCUUACCCGCUUGUUAAUUGGGAGUGAAGGAACCUUGGGCGUUAUAACAGAAGUUACUUUACGUCUCCAGAAAAUCCCUCAGUAUUCAGUGGUUGCAAUGUGUAACUUCCCAACGAUUAAAGAUGCAGCUGAUGUUGCUAUUGCCACUAUGUUGUCUGGUAUACAGGUUUCACGAGUGGAGCUCUUGGAUGAAGUUCAAGUGAAAGCCAUCAACCUUGCUAAUGGGAAAACUUUACCAGAAGUUCCAACUUUGAUGUUUGAAUUUGUUGGCACAGAAGCAUAUUCACUUGAGCAAACACUGAUAGUCCAGAAGAUAGCUUCUGAGCACAACGGCUCCGAUUUUGUUUUUGCUGAAGACCCUGAAGCCAAAAAGGAACUCUGGAAGAUAAGAAAGGAGGCGCUCUGGGCAUGCUUCGCAAUGGAGCCUAAUUAUGAAGCAAUGAUAACAGAUGUUUGUGUUCCUUUAUCACGUCUAGCUGAAUUAAUAUCUGUUUCCAAACAAGAGAUUGAUGCUUCACCACUUGUGUGCACAGUUAUUGCUCAUGCUGGUGAUGGGAACUUCCACACAUUGGUCCUAUUUGACCCCAAGCAAGAGGAACAGAGAACGGAAGCAGAGAGGUUAAACCAUUUUAUAGUCCAUGCUGCUUUAUCCAUGGAUGGAACAUGUACCGGAGAACACGGUGUUGGGACUGGGAAAGUGAAGUAUCUUGAAGAAGAACUUGGAAUGGAGGCUCUGAGGACAAUGAAAAAGAUUAAAGGUGCUUUAGAUCCGAACAACAUCAUGAACCCUGGGAAACUCAUUCCUCCUCAUGUGUGUUUUUGAAGGAGCUCUCUCCCCACAACAACUGAUGGUUUGUUAGAUGACCGUGGGAACAUCAUUUCUUCCCAAUCUGUGUUGUUGGUAGUGUUGCUAAGAAAGCUCUCUCAUUGUAUGAUUGCAUGUAAGAGGGCAGCCCAUAUGGUGAAUAUUUCUUGGCAUUAAAGCAAAGGAGAAAGGAAUAGGAAACUGUCUGUCAGUAACCAGGGUGAAAAAUUAAAUAAAACAAGAUACAAGCAUGGUUCGAAGACAAGGUGAAACGAGUAAAGAAUAAAAUUUUUUUUUUGGGUUUUUC